AUGCGAGAAAGGCAUUGGAGAAAUGAAUUAGUACUCAGCAAAGAGUACGGUCAAACUUUACGCGGUGUAAGCUAUCCUUUCACACAGCAUGUACAUUAUGUGGCUUAUAAUUAUAGUUCUGAGCAGUUGACGAAGGGAAGAAGCGUGCGAAGUCGUAUCACAUUAGAGAAGGACUGUGAACCCGCGCUUAACAGAGCCAAAAUUUCACUGAUUUCGCAGCAUUCUACUUUUAUACUCAAGGCUACCGUAUAUGAAAAGAAGGUGAGAAAAAUUGUUAACUUAAACACUGACUUGGAACGAGUUGAAGAAGAACUGUCUUGCGGUGUCUCUGGUUCGCUGGUCUUCACUACUGUGGUUGAGUAUGCAUCACCUUUCGCCUGUGGUAAAGUUGUGGGUUCUCGACUGUAG